AUGAAAAGGCAAAACCAAAGCUCUGUAGUUGAAUUUAUCCUUUUGGGAUUUUCUAACUUUCCUGAACUCCAGGAGCUGAUCUUUGGGGUUUUCUUGGUUAUUUAUCUUGUGACACUUACAGGAAAUAUGAUCAUUAUUAGUGUCAUCUCCCUGGACCAGAGCCUUCAGGUUCCCAUGUACCUGUUCCUUCAGAACUUAUCCAUAGUGGAAGUGAGUUUCAGUGCAGUCAUUACACCUAAAAUGCUGGUGGUUCUUUCAACGGACAAAGCGACUAUUUCUUUUGCUGGCUGUUUUGCACAGAUGUAUUUCAUUAUUCUUUUUGGUGGGACUGAAUGCUUUCUUCUGGGUGCAAUGGCAUAUGACCGAUUUAUUGCAAUCUGCCAUCCUCUUAACUAUCCAAUGAUUAUGACCAAAAUGCUCUUUAUGAAGUUAGUAAUGUUCUCAUGGACUUCAUGGAUCCUGGUGGCUACUGCACAAUCCAUCUGGGUGUUUAGUUUCCCCUUUUGUGGUUCCAAUGAAAUUAAUCAUCUUUUCUGUGAAACU